CUGUGGUUAAAAAUGAAUGCCAGGAUGACGUCUUAAGUUGAAACUUCAAUAAUUUUCCUAAUUUGUAAAUAUUUCAUCACAUGGGGUAUUUGUUUCAAAUCAUAGCAAUUGAAUACAUAUAUUUAGUUUUAAUGUUAAGAUAGCAGGAAGUUUUAUUUCAUACGCGUGUAGGAAAAGUAUGUCAAGUAAUUCGAUUGGCUCAAGUUCAAGCAUGCCUUCUAUAGGGAAUUUGAAUCAACAAAGUGCCAUCCAAUACGUUAACAACCCUCUUCAAAGCCCUCAAAUACAAGCAGCGUCGGUUCAAAAUUCACCUUCACAACACAGUCCGAUGGCAACGCAAUCACAAGUUAGCGGGAAAGUCAUGCAAGGUGGCGUGGACCAACUAUCAACAUUAUUAACUAAACCUCGUCUUUAUGAUUUAGUGAGGGAAGUUGACCCAACAGUACAAUUAGAUGAUGAAGUAGAGGAUUUGUUGUUACAAUUGGCUGAUGACUUCAUUGACACAUCAGUUGGAUCAUCUUCUUUAUUUGCUAAACAUAGACAUGUUCCCGUGGUUGAUGUUAGAGAUGUCCAAUUACUAUUAGAACGCCAAUGGAACAUGUGGAUACCUGGUUUUGGUAACGACGAGCUCCGACCUUACAAACGAGCAGCCAUCACCGAGGCACACAAACAAAGGAUGGCACUUAUAAGAAAAAAUAGUAAAAAAUACUGACAUAUGAUGUAGCUAGUGAAUUUAAGGUAUGGGUAAUUGUAAAUAAAUAAAAGAUUUGUUUUCUAAAAUUUAUAA